UACCGCGGUACAGACCGGUGUAGAGCACACCACACGAGGGGGUGCACAGUUGCUUUUGCGCUGAUAAAAAGCAUCAUUAAACGUACUUGACCGUGCCUCUCGCGGACGCGCGCCUCUACCCCUGGCCCGAAAGGGACACGAUCGGUGCGCGCGGCCGCCGCUCCGUCCAGUUGCAGUGCCACGUGCGGCCGCCAGGGGGGGGCAGGGCGGCAAAGACGAGUCGGCGGCGACGCAGGUGUCGCUCGCACGCGCCUUUCCGAUGAGCCGGGAGCCGCUGCCGUGACGCCGAAAAUCCGCCCCGAAGACGUUGCCGAAGCGCGUCCCCGACCCGAAGGCGGCCGUCCGCGUGCCCGAUCGCGCCUUGCGGCUCGCGAGGGACUGAUCGAUUGGGCGCGCGCCGCGAUGGUCGCGCGUGUGCGGCGCGCGGGGAACGCGAUGGGCGCGCGCGGCGCGUGACAGCACGGAGCGGACAAGCAGCGGCGCGUUCGCAUCGCCAUGGGGGAGAGAGGCGCGUUCCUGUGCGGGGUCGUGGAAGGAUUCUACGGCAGACCCUGGUCCAUGGAGCAGAGGAAGGCCCUGUUCCGCUGGAUGGAAAAGUGGGGUCUGAACACAUACCUGUACGGUCCCAAGGAUGACCUCAAACACCGGCUGCUGUGGAGAGAGGUGUAUUCCCACGAGGAGGAAGCCCAGCUGAAGGCGCUGGUGUCGGAGGCGGAGUCGCGGGGGCUGCGAUUCGUUUACGCCCUUUCCCCCGGCCAGGACAUCGUCUUCUCCAGUUCUUGCGAUGUCACUCUUCUGAAACGCAAACUCAGGCAGGUGGCAGAUCUGGGCUGCAAGGCCUUUGCCGUCCUCUUCGACGACAUCGACCACUCCCUUUGCCAGGCCGACCGCGACGCCUUCUCCUCGUUCGCCCACGCCCAGGUCUCCGUGGUCAACGAAAUCUUCCGUUUCCUGGGGGAACCCUCAGUCUUCCUUUUCUGUCCCACAGAGUACUGCGGGUCCCUGUGUUCCCCCAGCGUGGCCAAGUCCCCCUACCUGCUGACCGUGGGCGAAGACCUGCUGCCGGGAAUCUCCGUCAUCUGGACAGGGAGCAAGGUGAUCUCCCGGGAGCUGAGUGCGGAGUCGCUGGCCGACGUCCGGGCUGCGCUGCAGCGUCCCCCUCUGGUCUGGGACAAUCUCCACGCCAACGACUACGACUCGAGGCGGGUCUUCCUGGGCCCCUUCAAGGGCCGCCCCCCCGGGCUGCGCGCGCACAUCAGAGGGCUGCUGCUCAACCCCAACUGCGAGUUCGAAGCCAACUACAUCCCUCUUCACACCCUCGGCGCGUGGUUCCGAGCCGGGAGCGAGGAGAAGACGGACGGCCGAGGGGCGUACUGUCCGGAGAAGAUGCUGUCUGCUGCUCUGCAGGACUGGCUGGAGGAGCUGAAUCAACCGUUGCAACCAGGACGCCGGAACAGACCCGCGGAGCUCGGUUCAUCGGGGGCCAGGUCGAAAUCGAGGAAUUCGGAGGGCGCCGACAACCACUGCGCCCGCAAAGCGCCCGCGGAGGUUCCUCCGGGCCGGCGCUCGCCCUCGGGGGCGUCCCUCGGUCCCAACCUGAACCUGCAGAAGGAGGAGCGGGAGCAGGCGACCGACGCUGCGUCGCGCGGGAAGGAGGGCGGCCCGAAGGUGGGACGGCAGGGCAAGACCCCCUCCGUGGAGGACGACGGAGGGAGAGGAAGGGAAGGAAAGGAGGGCGACCGCGAGCGGAACGGUCCGAGCGGCUCGGCGCGAGUCAAGGGUCAGGGCAGGGCGCCGUGCGGCGGCAAGGGUCCACUGAGCGAACAGGAAGUGCGCCUGCUCGUGGGGCUCUACUUCCUGCCGCACGAACACGGCCCGGCGGCACGGCGCCUCCUGAAGGACCUCACCUGGCUCAAGUCCAACAGCCACUACGUCAGCGUCAAUGGGAAGAAGAGCCAACCGCACAAGGUGGAGGAGUGGCGGCUGCGCGCCUCCAGCUUCCAGGCGGCGUGUGAGGAAAUCGCUCGAUUGCACGGCAGCGUGGUCAACAGCGUCAACCGGGCCUUUCUCUACGACCUGUACCCUUACGUGUGGGACCUGCGGAACACGGCCCUGGUGGCCAAGGCCUUCGUCACCUGGCUAGACGGACGGGUGCUGAACGACAGCUGUCCCGCGGGCUCCUGGAGGAACUGCUUCCAGUGGUGCGGGACGACCGCGGGCGCCGACGUGCUGGGGGUCGAGUCCGAGCCCUGGGUCUUCAAGGGGGGGCUGUCAGGAGAAGUGCAGAUGCUGCUGCCGAUCGGCGCCAACGGCGAGCUUUUCAGUCACCCGCCGCCCCUGUUCCCCACAUCGCGGCUCUACAACAUCCGACCGUUCCAAAACAGAGACAAGGCAGAGCUGUACCGCAUGGUCAGACAGCUCCAUCUGAAGACCCAGGGCAAGUGCGACAGUGCCGUGUCCCACCCCGAUCUCAUCGGAGACAGGUAUGUGGGGGCGUCCCUGGCCCUGUGCCCGGAGUACAGCUUUGUGCUCGAGGACGAGCUGGGCGUGUGCGGCUGCGCCCUGGGCGUCCUGGACGCGCGCUCCUUCGCCAAGCGCUACCAGGCCAGCUGGCUGCCCGCCAUGAGGGACAAGUACCGGCCUCGGGCUCACGGUGGCGCCGCGUCACAGGAGGCGGCGCAGCUGUUCCAGGACGAGCUCUCCGACUACCCCGAUUCCCUGCUCUACCACUUCCCUUCCCGGCUGUGUCUGGACGCCCUGCCCGAGCUGGUGGACUGCAGCGUGACGCGCAGCCUGCUCACCGCCCUGCUCACCGCACUCAAGGCCAACGGCUCCCAGGGGGUCUUCUGCGAAGUUCUUCCCACCGACCACCCGCGCCUCGAGUUCCUCGCCAAGCUAGGCUUCCUGGAGAUCCCGCGCGGCGAGACGCGGCUGCGAGAGGCGCUGGUGCUCGGCCGCCUGCUCUAGCGCACCGACGGCUCACGGCACGUCUCCCCUCCCCCUCCCCCUCCACGCACACUUCCUGUACGCCCAGCAUCCUUUCAAUGUGCUUUCCUGUAGAGCUGUGUGGCACACAGAUCAGCACACAAAAUGAGGCUCGAGAGAGCAGGCGAGCGAUCAAGAGACAUGAGGGGAGAUAGAGACACGAGAGAUGAAGAUAGAGAGAGAGAGAGACGAGGAGCCACAAAUCAAACACCCAUUUACGUUUAUCUGACACUUUUGCUCAAAGCAACUUCCAAUGUCAAGCUACUUACACCUACUUAGCUGGGGGAACUUUACUAGAGUAAUUUAGGGUAAGCACCUCGUUCAAGGCUACAGCAGCCGGAGGUGGGGUCUGAACUUGCGACCCGCGGGUGCAGAAGCAGUACUUCGAGCCAGGACGGUAGCGCGCGGGUACCCGAGGCCCCCGUGACUCGGCCUUUACUCGGCCAGUCCGUAAGCGAGACGCCGUCCAGGGUCCCUUUUGGGGGGGGACGACCCGCCGCCGGGACUCUUCACGAGGUUCCGCACAACACUCGAUGCAUGUUUUCCUUCACCUUUGUGUGCGGUGCUCCGCUCUCGCGCAUGCGGCGUUUUUCACCCCACUCGUACCUCGGCCUUUAUUCUCCCCAUUUCUCAAUUCUUUCACGAAACAGCUGUCGUGCCUU